GGCUGUAGUAUCAGUAGUAGCAAUAGGCUAACAUGAGGACUGCUGCCCUAUGGGGCCUGCUGGCUCUUCUGUGUCAGCACACAUUGGUUAGCUGCCACAUACUGGGAAGGACUUCAACCAGUGACCUUGCUCAGCUAAAGUCUUUACUGGAGCACUUUGAGGAGGCACUGGCUGAAGCAGCCCAGGAGGAGGAUUCUGAAGGUGAUUUUGAAGAGACAAACCAAGAGUCUGAACACAGCCAGGUUAGUCGAGAAUGGAGCCAGGAGGAGGAACAACAAUCUCUGUCAGAAAAAACACCAGCAGAGGGCCACAGCAAGCCCAUAAGUCAGAGGAGGCAUCUGCAGGACCUUCUGAUGACCACGAGGAAACGGGCCUCGAGUUGCUUUGGAGCCCGAAUGGACCGAAUAGGAAAUGCCAGUGGUCUGGGAUGCAAUGGGGGAAAAGGAUCCACCACCAUGAUCCACAAUGUGGCUGCAGCCGUUAUCCUGGAAGCACAAGGACUCCUGGGAAGAAGCCAACAGCAGAGAGGCUGCACAUCUACCCCGGCUGGAGGAGCAGCACCAGCCCCUCAGCACCAGCCCCAGCAGUACCAGGUGACGUCCACCCUGAGGAGGAUCAACACCCGCAAAGCUACAGGACCAGAUAAGGUGUUAGGCCAGACUCUGAGAACAUGCGCUGACCAACUAGCAUGA